AUUUCAAGCUUAUCCAUGCAUUUUUGUCUUUAAACUUUGAACGACUGCAUGUAUGGUAUAGAAAUUCUAUACCAUUUUCAAAGUUCUUAGAUUAUACCUAUAGCUAGAGAUUUUAUCCUAAAAUUCAAAGCUGGCGGUGGAGCUGAUGGCCACCCAGACAAGAAAACACAAUCUGCUCACACCUGUUAACAUGCACAUCCUGUCAAAUUCCAUUGGAAAUGCUGACAGAUAACCUCAACAAACGGUUCGAUAAGUCAUAUCUGUUUACAUCCAAUUAAAUUUUUCAUCUCCUCAAUUCAAUAGUCAUGGACGACUAAUUUCAUCCACACUAUGUAACGAAGUGAAUCGGUGAGACCCAUUUACUUGAUUUUAUCAUAACGGGGACAAAAAUGGUAGGCUUUGGUUUCAAGGGUGCUCAGAUGAGCUCUUCUAAGCAACCAACUUCUACCAAAUCAUCUUCUGAAAUUAAGUAUUCAGAUAAUGAUUCGGAGCAGGAAGAUGAAAGAAUUGGGCAGGGCAAGUUGUAUGCUCCUCAAAAUAAGGGCAGACCUGCUGCAGCAAAUACCCAAUUAGAGAACAGCGUCGGACAGGGGAAACUUUAUUCUCCACAAGGCGCUAAAAUCCAGAACAAGCCUCGCAAAGAUGACAAUAGUAAGACCCAAAGCAGAGGGAAAAUUGAGGAGGAAAAAGAGGGGAAAUUAUACUCUGGUGAUAAGAAUGGUAGGACAGAUCAUUCUCAGCUAUGGAAUAAGGGGAAGGGCGUGUUAGAGGCGUCAAAGGGAGUAGCUGGGGAUAUCAAGAGGAGCUUGUCCCAAGUGAAGGACAGAAUUGUGGAUAAAUUGGCUGCUGUUCCUGUACCUGCUGAUGCUCUGGAUAAUGCACGCCAGUCAUUGGAGUCCAUCAUUAAGGAUGUCACUCAUGCUGCUCAAGGAUUGACCAAGGAUGCUGUGCACAAAAUCAAGGUUCGGCUUGCAGAAAUUCUGCCAUUUCUGUCUCCCAAUCAGACUGGAAAGAUUGUAGAUGAUGUUGAAAGGGAAGUUUUGGACAUGUCUGAAGCUCCUAGUGGAGAUUCUUUAACAACAGAAGAAAAAAGUUCAUCAGAGCAUUCUAAUAAGCACGGCAAUUAUGUGGAGACUAGGGGUGUUUCGGCAUCUGUGACUUCAGCAACUAUUUCACUAUUUCAUUAUUCUUCACUCUCAGAGAGUACGAGUCCCUUAACCAAGAUAUUACCUCUGUUGUCCAGAAUGUAAAGAGAGAUGAGAAUCCAUCUACAGUAUCAAUUACUAUUGAAUGUAUAUACCUUGUUUCCCAUGUGUUUAGCAGAAGGAAGGAGAGUACUGACAUGGAAUAAAAUCCCAUUACUAUAGUAGGGAUUGGCACCACGGAAAUAAAAGUUUUACAUCAAAGCUCUUGCAGUUUUAGGUAGUAAAUAAGUUGUAAGCUACUAAUAUUAUAUGUUGAGGAAACAGAGAAAUAAAAUGAAUAGUUCUAGUUCUUAUA